CAAUUAAAGUAAACUCCACUCGCUCUCUUUAACUUAACCAUGGUUAAAUUCCUCCGAUCCCACUUUCUGUAUAUAUCUCCACCCCAAACAGACCCUUAUUUGACUCAACUUUCAAGAUAAGCUCCGCGUCUCAUUAUUCAACUUGAAUUUACCAAAUCGCCACCAUGAUUUCCUUCUCCGCUUCUUCCAACUUCCUCCUCCAAUCGCCGCCGCCCAGAGCCACCGCCUUCGCCGCCGACAAUUCUCCUUCUCCGCCGUCGCCGUCGGUUGUUAAGUUCCGGCAGCCGCGGAGUUCGCCCGUCUGCGCGGUCGCAACCGCGGCUUACGCCGAGGAGGAGACGGAAGCCGCCGCUUUUUCGUCGUCGCCGCCGUUGCAUCCGGAGAUAAAAUCGCCCUCCUCCGCGACGUCGUUUUACGAGAUUCUCGGGAUUCCGGUGGGAGCGACGAGCGAGGUGAUCAAAGCGGCGUACCGGAGACUCGCUCGUGUCUGCCACCCCGACGUGGCGGGGAGUCGCCGUAAGGACGCCUCCGCCGACGAGUUCAUGAAGAUUCAUACUGCCUACUCCACGCUGUCGGAUCCCGAUAAACGCGCGGACUAUGAUCGGCAACUCUUCCUCCGUCGACGGAGUGUCAACUUAUACUCGCCUACAAUGUCAUCGAGAUUCACCGGAAAUACUCGCCGGAAUUGGGAGACCGAUCAGUGCUGGUAGUGCCUUAUAGAAUUGAAGUGAAUUAGGAUUAGAAUUGUACAGUGUACACUUGUGAGGCUACGACAUAGCCAGAAAAAAAAUUAAAAUAAAUAAAUAAAUUAAUGUAUAUUUCAGUAUA